AUGGCCAAACGGCUUAUCCUUGCCUGCAAGAGCAGCGCCCCUCUCGUUCUCGACCAGCUCUCACUUUAUGGCCAGGAGCGGCUCGUCAUCUCCUCCCUCCGCCUUGCAUCCGCCCGAGUCGCCUACCUCAAUGGCCCUCCCAUCGAUUACUACCCCGGCGACGAUGACUUUUACCCUCAUUGGGAAUCCCCUAAACCGCCUCCAGACUGGCAGCGCAUGCACCUCCGCAGGUUGCCCAAGUUCUCCUGGACUGCACGCCUGGCCGCCAUAGCACCCACAGUGGAGGUGCUUAUAGUGAGGCAUGGUGUGCCUAUAGAGAAGGUGGAUGCGGAGUGGAGCUGCCUACGCAGCCUUGGGAUUGUCGUGGAGAGUGAGGAGCGGUUUGAGAUGGAUUUAAAGGUUGAGAAGCGUCGGGACGAUGGCGAGGAGGAGGUUACUGUGGAGAAAUUUCAGGAGCGCAGCCAGAGGCUCUUGGAGAAGCAGCGGCGGCGGCAGGAGGAGGAGCGACGGCAGGAAGAGGAAUGGCAGCUGGAAAGGGAGCGGUGGCAGAAACGGGGGCAACCUCGUCGCUCGUUCUACUGGGAGAAGCAGGGGAAGGAGUUGGCUGAGACCCCUAUAGUGCAUAUGGAGGAGCGGCGUGUCGAGCAAUUGCUUUGGGGAGAGGUGACCAAAGAAUGUGAGGGAGAAGAUGCACAGUUAGAAUAG